AUGGUCUUCUCACUAUUCCAGCGCCCACGACCGACAACAGUACCUACAGACAGGAUCAUCCCUUUGCGGUAUUGGGAUGACUUGGAUUACCUACGUGCUCUAUGCCACGACUUUACCUUCCGAUUUGACGAUGUGUUGGAUGCGAGCAAACUCGAAGCAGCACUGGGACGUCUGAUGAUGAUCGGAGACUGGGGUCAGAUGGGCGCUCGGCUACGUCUCAAUGAGCAUGGCAAACUCGAAUACCACAUACCAGCACGCUAUGACGAGAAGCGCCCAGUCUUCAUCUUCACGACUACAAGAUUUGGAAUGAACAUCGACGAUCACCCGCUAGGCUCCCAGCUGCCUAAAGCAGGCCAAGAUCAGUCUUUCCUAUCACCAUCCUCCGAUUACUUCGCCCCUAUAGUUCGCCACCCCGACAGUCCUCGGGAGUUGGCCGACUGGAUCUACACCGACCGUCCACAGCUUCACAUUCAUGUUACUCUCUUCCAAGAUGCCACCCUUCUCACAAUCAGCUACAUCCACACCUUCGCCGACGCGAUCUCACGAACGAAUUUCUUCAAGGCUUGGAUAGCAGUCCUUCGUGGCCACGAAGAAGAAGUGCCAGCAUUUGUUCCUUACGACCACGACCCUCUAUGCAUGUUGGGAACAAGUGCUCCGGCGCAGAGCUACACCAAUAUCAGACAACUAUUGGGCGGCCUCAGUCUUGCGCUCUUCGGGCUUCGCUACCUGUUCGAGCUAUUAUGGUUCCGCAAGCUGGAAGAACAUCCGAUACGUCUACCGGGACGUUGCGUGGAUCGAAUGAGAGAAACAGUACUACAGGAGCUAGCCACCCGUGCUCCGCAGGGCACACCGAAGCCCUUCGUGAGCGAGGGUGAUGUCGUCGUAGCCUGGUGGGUGCGGACGAUGAUCAAAGCGCUGAAACCCGCCCCGGAUCGGACGAUCAUGGUGAUGAAUGUCUUCAACGUGUGGAACCUUUUCCCGGAGUGGUUUCCCAAUGGUACCACAGGCGUCAUUGGCAACUCCUUCUUCUAUUCCUACACACUGCUCAUAGCGAGCAAAAUCCUCCAAGAUAGCAGCUUGCAGUACGUGGCGUCUACGAAUCGUCGGGCUCUCGUGGAGCACAGAACCAAGCGCCAGGUCCAAGCCAUGACUGCUAUUCAGAGAACCAAUUUUAUGAGAGCUGCGCCUGUGGUUGGAGACCCCGGGCUGCUCUUCUUGGCUGCUACUAAUCAGCACAAGGCUAGGUACUUUGAAACGGACUGGUCGGCGGCUGUUGUUAGGGCUGGUGUGCCUGUGAGUCAGAGGCCACAUGGUCUUGGGAGGCCAUCUUAUGUUAAUGAUAUUGAGUAUUGUCGUGGGUAUCCGACUCGCAAUAUUGUGAGGAUUAUUGGGAAGGAUGCGGCGGGUGAUUGGCAUCUUCUGUUUAAGACGAGGGCUGGGGCUUGGCGGGUGAUUCAUCGGGAGUUGAUGGAGUUGAUUCGUGAGAAGUGGGAAUGA